AUGGCGCUUCCGCAUGAUCAUGACCCGCCUCCUGAUGCUUUUCCUGAAUGUUUCCUCCGCGCCCCCUCCAUCCCCCAGGACGACUCCAGCUCUCAUCGCCAGCCGACUCCUGCUCUCGCCGCUGACCAUGCACAGUCGAAGCGACCGGAGCCUCACCUCGAAUCAUUCUCUUCCCACGCGUGCAGAGACUGCGGAGGAGCAGUAUUGAUCGACCAAAAGGAUAAAACUGAGACGGACAUCUGCCUCCUCUGCCUCCUCAGCAAGAUCGAUGCAUCACCAGAAGAACAGCUAAAAACAGAACAGAACGACACUGAGCUCUUCUUAGACACCUCAUCCCGCCCACAUGAAAACCAGGACCCCAAGAAUACCAAGCGAGCAUGGGGCGACGUCGAGCGCACGGCGCACCGGCAAGCAUGCAUCGGCAAGAAGCGCCUCACGCUCCAGGAGAAGGCCGAGAUCAUCCAGCUCUACUACAGGGCCGGACAGGAGGAGAGCCCCAUGAAGCAGAUGACCAUUGCGGAGACGUACGGGAAGAGCCGGGCGGCGAUCAGCAAGCUGCUACGACCAGAGAACGCGCAUCGGGUGAUGGUGCGCUUUGCGGAGAAGAAGAAGGCGGGGGCGAAGGGAAGGCCAGGGCAGCGAGGACGAGGGAGGGCGAGGCCGGAAGGGAAGCAGGGAGACGGGAAGGAGGAGGUGGGAGCCUCAUCAUCGCAAGGAAAGUCGAAGGCGAUGGGGGAAGCGGGCCUUGGGGAGGCUGGGAGCUUGUAUCAAGGAGGAUGGUAG